AUGGCUGCCACGUCAUCCCGAUCACCCGAUCGCGAGAAGGUGGAGAUGCAAGAUGUGGUCUUGGACUUCGACGUGGCCCGCCAGCUGCGGCGCCGGUCUUUGGCGCGGCAGGUGGCGCUGCCGCUGGGCACGCGGCCGUCGAAUCCGCAGCAGAACGCGCAGCUCGGGGCACCCUUUGCCUACGACCCUGCCCUGGAUGCAGAUGCAGCGCACAACUCCAAGGAGGCAGCUGCGGUUCAAGCAGACCUGACAGCCCGUGGUUAUUUCGUGGUCAGCGCCUUGAGACAUGGCUUCGACUUUGUGGUCUAUGAGGGUGACCCUGCCAGACAUCACGGAUCUUAUUUCGUGGUGGUUCUUCAAGGGGACAAAGACAUUUCCCCACGGCAGUUGGUGCUCUGGCAUCGCUUGGCUGCUUCAGCGCACAAAUCCAUCCUGUUGAGCGCCGUGGAGGGCGAAAGCGGAGCUUCUGUCCGUGCCUUGGGCGAAGAAGAUUCGAGAAAGGAGGGGCGACAGCAAUUCAAAAUGCUGGUGGAAGUAGAGUUGAGUAAUCAGCAUGUAGUGAAGAUGAGUGGCAGGCCUUCUCCGGAUCGAUAUCGAAGCCUUCGCAGGCAGGAAGCAACUGAUCAAAGCCUUCAGAGGCAGGAAGCAACUGAGGACAGCGACUCCGGAUCCGGAUACUCCGGUGAUGACAAGCGAUGGUCGGCGGGUCGUCCACGAAAGAGAUGCAGGUUCCAACUGAUUGUUCCCACCGUUCUCAUGGGCGUUUGCUGCGUGGGCAUCUUUCUAAUGUCGUGGAAGGUGCAGGAGCACCUUCAUCCCCUCGGUGGAAUUGCGAACCCCCAGGCUGAGAACAAUGCUGAGUCGGAUUUCGACGCGCCAAAAGAGGUGUUGGAGUUGCAGGAACUGCCCCCACCGGGAUGCCCCAAUAUCUGUGGGACCUUUGUUCCGUGCAUAGCCGGACUGACGAAGGCCACAACGACCACCGUCACGACGACCACCACCUCUUCGACGUCCUCGACCAGCACGACGACCAGCAGUUCUUC